CUUGACCGCAGUCCCGUCUCGAGCUUCCUAACUUCACACUUGUAAGGAGAGUUGCACGGGGUUGGAAUAUGGAGGAACAUUUUUUCACAUAUGUUUUACGCUUCUACCACGAAAACAACUCGCUCUCCACGGGAAACCUUGAAAACUUUCUGCAUCUCAUCACGAGCCGACGCUCGGCAUCUAUCGAUAAUGACAUGAACCCGAUGAAGAAUGCAGAGUGUUUGCCAAUGUCAGAGCUGCUGUCUGCCUUUGGGUUGGGUAAUGCUUCUGUGGUCAAUCUUGAUGAUCUGCAGUUGAUGUGUCCAGCUAUUCUCACUCAGGUCCUGUUACCUGCCUGCCCGUACACACCUGCCUCUGACCAAAAUGCCUCUAACCACAAAGUUUGGGGUUAUGGAUUCCUGGCAGUGACCCUGAUAAACUUGGCUGCUCUUUUGGGUUUACUUCUGGUGCCCUUUGCCAAAAAAACAUAUUUUCCAAAAGUCUUAACCUACUUCAUUGGACUGGCCAUUGGAACACUGUUUUCAAAUGCUGUACUGCAACUGAUCCCGGAGGCCCUUGGCUUAGAUCCCAAAGAUGAUAACUAUGUGCUGAAUGCAUUUGGGAUUUUUGGUGGUUUUUAUGUUCUGUUUUUCACUGAGCGAGUUUUGAAGAUGGUAUUGAAAGCAGAUACAGAGCAAGGCCACAGCCAUUUUCCUCACCUGCAGUCAGCUGAUAUCGCCAUCACCACAUUCAGCAAUGACAUUGUCAUAAGCAACAUCAGCAGUGACAUCAUUACAAACAAUGGCAAUAAUGAAAUCAACACUAUUAACUGUAAUGAAAAGUCCAGCAACCCAGUUGAGAGUCCAGCCAUUGAACAGAAUGCAUGUGCGUUGUGGACUUGUCGCUGGCUAACUGGGGAACGAAUGUCUGAUAUAAAAACUGUGGCAUGGAUGAUCACUCUUACUGAUGCACUGCAUAACUUCAUAGAUGGUCUGGCGAUCGGCGCAUCCUUCACCCUCUCCCUCCUCACUGGCUUCAGCACCUCUAUUGCCAUCUUCUGUGAAGAGUUCCCUCAUGAGCUCGGUGAUUUUGUGAUUCUGUUGAACUCGGGCAUGAGUGUCGCUCAGGCUGCAUGUUUUAAUUUGCUGUCAGCUAUUUGCUGUUAUCUUGGUCUUGCACUGGGGAUUCUGCUGGGCAGCAGUUUUGCUCCAAAUCCUAUCUUUGCUAUUGCUGGUGGAAUGUUCCUCUACAUCGCCCUUGCAGACAUGUUCCCAGAGAUGAACAGUAUCAUGGCAGGACAAGCCAGAGGCUAUCGAGAAAAGGUUGUGUUCUUCCUGAUCCAAAAUGCUGGACUGCUCAGUGGAUUCACUGUAAUUCUGCUUAUUACCAUUUUUGCGGGAGAUAUCAAUCUAGGCUAAGAAGAGAAGACCAAAUGAAAAAGAAGGGAAACAAAGAACGAUUGUUUUCAGUGCCAGAAACCAAAAACUCGAGACAGAGACUGAUUUUUUUAUCGUUUGUAUUGUAGACUUGUACUUUACUUGCUGUUGACGCAAUCAUAUGAUCCUGCAAAAGAUUACUAUUGUAAUAAAUGAUAAUGAGCUUUUUUUCAACCCUUUUUUAUGUGUGUCCUAGUGUGUGUGAGUUGGCAACAAUACCCUGCUGUGUGUGGAGUAAUUCCUUUGUGGCAGUGGCAGCCUAGCACAGAGUCUCUGAGCAGCUUUGUCGUUCAAAAUGGCCAAACUGCAGCCCAGCUCAGGCGCCUUUCCAGAGAAACUAUUUGAAUCAUCUCCUCUGUUGUACAGGUGAUGAAAUGUAAUUGCUGGAUAGUUGUGUGCCUUGGUGUCUCUUCUACAGCUUGUCUCAAAAAUGUGCAUGAUUAUGUUAAUUGCAAACUUGUUUUCUGUACCUUGAUG